AUGAUUAAAAUUGUCGUCGUAGUUAGUGACUGCGUGAACUCAUAUUUUCAAAGACAAGAAAAGAAAAAACGACCAAGUAUCAUGAAAUCCAUUAAGAAUAUAAGUGGAUAUUCCUAUUCCUAUUCCUACUCUAAUAAAAGGAUACGAGUUUUGAUACUUGUCGCUACGGAAAGUAAUAUUGAAGGUCAGAUAACAGAUAAUCUACCCGAUAAUUCCAUUUGUAACGCAAAUAAUAAUACGAAGAAAGAGCUCAGCAUUAUAUCCAGCAAUUCUAAGAAAAUUUGUUGGAAUCAUCAGUUUUCAUCAGAUGGGACUGUUACUAUUAACGGAAUUCGACAUGACAUCCUAUGGAAUCCGUUGAGAGAUUUAUUAAGUAUAAGUUUAUGUCUAUCAAGAAAUGGAAUAAGUCGCGUAGCUACACUUUCGGAUGAUAAGUGCAAGAAGACUCUACAAACGAAUGUAUUGGUAACCAUCAAGAGUUCAAGGGAAAAUAUCAGCCUCUAUCUCAAAAGUAAGAUACUACUCGCAUGGCAUCCAAAGAAUCAAGCUCGUUUAAGACGCAUGAGAACUCUUAUACCGCUAUCUGAUAAGCACCAAAAUAUGAGACCAAUAGCACGACGCAAUGGAAACAGUAGCAAAAAUAUCGUCAAGCAUUUUAUGAUUAUGCGAAAACGAACAAAAUCUCGGAUAUUAACAAAAACCUGUAUAGCUAUUAAACUAAAGAACUCAUUCACUAAAGCCGGUUAUAAUCAUGGGCCUUUUCGGUUUAUUACUACCAAACUCAGUUUCAGUCUUCCACAGUCAAUAAUAAAUGCAUCUAAUUCUGAAAUUAUAAGAUUCAGUAGCGACAGGAGGAUGUAUUGCUCCUCAAGAGCCUUUAUGGAGUGCCUAGAUUAUCCCUUGAAGUCUCUGAGGAGUGUCCCGGAUGAUAAGUUCUCCGAUGUCGGACAUGUAUUACUUCCUGCUUCAUUCCAAGAACUAAGUCACUUUGAAUAUGUUGUAUUUAAAAGAUUUAAUGAUUAUCUCUUGCAGUAUAAAGUCAUCACUGCAACAUAUCAAAACACAGUCAGUGGGUUAAAUCUAGAGAAGAUUAACAUUUGGAUUACUUCUUAUGGUGCUAACUAUGAUAUAUAUCCAACCAACUCAACUAACACAUGGAAUCACGAUAAGAUACUGUAUUUACUCUGUACUCUGAUAACCAACUAUUAUCGAGCUACCAGUAUAACACAUCACUUAAAGGAUUACAUUGAUCAAUCUACAAUCAGUCCGACGUUUGCUUGCUUAAAUCAUAAAAGAAAACAAGUUGAUAAUGCUAGCCUCUUCGCCACUCAUCCUAGCUCUCAUCACAAGAAGCUGAAAUUAAGCACAGCUGAUACACGAUCGGUAGCAGAUAGUAGAGUAAAGGACCAUCAUUUUAGUUGCUCUAUGAAUUUCACUUAUGAAGCAGAGGCGAACAAUCGAUACGUAUCGAGCGAGAUAUUUACUCGUCUACUAGUACAGGACUUAAAGAGAGAAUUCUUCACUACAUGCUAUGGUCAUGUCGAUAAAAUUAUCCAAUACUGCCAUCUUGGUCAUUGUUUGGCAAUUUUGAAAGUAAAUGCUCAAAUUAAUCCUAAAUUUGAAAUUAAUACCAAAAUUAUUGAUAAAAUUUACAGCCUUGCGCCUUGUGGCAAUCGCAAUAAACAAGUCGCUGCACGCUCGAAAAAUGAUGAUGAAUAUCUUCUUGAACACAAGGCUAAGACAUUUGAAAUGCCGCCUAGUUUCUUGGGUCAAUGGACUGAGGCAGAUGACAGAGAUAAAAAAAUUGAUUACGAAAUUAGCGAACUACGUCCUCCGUAUCCAAUAUAA